GACUCGCCGCGAUAAUUAGCCGCGGAUAUAUUAACGGACAUAACCGGAUUAUGAGGAUUUGAGGGGGAGACCUCGCCAGAAUCCGGUGUCAUACAAGGCGGAGGAUUAAGUUAGGCGUCUUCACUCCUCCGCUCGCCGUUAUGGGGAUAGACCGGCGGCGGAGAGCGUCGCUGGCUCUCACCUUGAACUUCGUCGCCUUGUUCCUGGCCGUGUCCGCCCUCACCACCAGCUACUGGUGCGAGGGGACGCGGAAAGUGGUGAAGCCGUUCUGCACCGGCCCGGUCACCGCCAAGCAGCCCUUCUGCAUCAGGUUCAACAGCUCCAACCUCAACGACACGCGGCUGGUGCAGUACAUCUGGGAGACCGGCGAGGACAAGUACGUGAUGAGGAAGUUUCACACGGGCAUCUGGUUCUCCUGCGAGCAGAACAUCAACAUGACCGGUGAAACAUGCAGAAAUUUCCUUUAUGUUGCACCUUCAAAUGAAAGAGGAGUGCUGUGGCUCUGCAUUGUUGCGGAGUGCCUGUACAUCCUCCUGCUGGCCACCGGAGGCAUCCUCAUGUCGAUAGAGGUGUGUCACUUUGGCAAUGUCAUCGACGGCCUCAAGCUCAACGCCUUCGCCGCCAUAUUCACUGUGCUCUCAGGUCUGUUGGGUAUGGUGGCCCACAUGAUGUUCACCACGGCUUUCCAGCUGACUGUCAGCCUGGGCCCGGAGGACUGGAAACCGCAGACAUGGGACUACAGCUGGUCAUACAUUCUGGCAUGGAGUUCUUUCACUGCCUGCAUGGCGUCCUCGGUCACCACCAUCAACCGCUACACCAAAACCAUCCUGGAGUUCAAGCACAAGCGCAGAAACAUUGAGAAGAACCUGAAGAUCAAGCAGAAGCUGUUGGAGCUGGACUCUCCGGAGCAGGUGUGGGACAUGUACAUCAGCUCGGUGCCCAGCACUGCUGAGGAGCUGCUGGACCUGUCGUCCAACGGCCGCAAACUCUCCAAUACCUCCAUCUUCCUGGACCUCAACGACCUGCCCGACCCACAGGGAGAGGAGUACUGCUAGAGGAGCAGCGUGUAGCAUUUUCAGACAACAGUGUGUCAUUGUCACGUUCAGUCUGAUACAAUGACACAUAAUUACUGUAGACAAAUUGAGACCACAGUUGAGAGCUCUUGUAAUUUUCAAAGUGGCAUUAAUCCGGUUUCUGGCCUUUUGGUGACAGUACUCCAGAACAAGCGGAAUAUCACACAGACAUUUAACAUAUUAUGGUGUUAUAAAGUGGACAUAGCCAACAUGUUAGCUUUUCAAAACAGCUGCCUAUUUUUACA